GGAUGCUGAAGCUGGGCUGGAGACAGGAGAGCAGAGACUGACGCAGCAGCAGCGGCGGUCCCAGCCUCUGGCGCAGACCCCGGGCUCCCAGUCUCUUCACACGCCGCCGGGGCUUGUGGUUUAGGCGCGCGGCCCCCUCUGGGGCUGGCUGCGGGGAAGAGCCCGGGCUCGGGCAGCGGCGGCGCAGGCAAAGGCAGCGGCAGCGGCAGCAGCAGCAUGGUGUCCGCUUCGCGCCAGGAGCCGCCGCCUCGGGGCUGAGCGGCCGCCGAGCUCUGCUCUAGCUGCACUGCGCGGCCCGGGGUGGGUGGCUCCAGGUGCCCGGGCGGCUGGGCUCGCUCCCCCCGGGGGCUGUGGUGCAUGUUCGCCCCCUGCGAGUGCAUGAGGAGAGGCGGCAGGAGGACCAUGAAAAUGAUCCGGUUCCGGAGCUCGAGCAUCAGGUCCCUGAGCCAGGAGAUGAAAUGCACCAUCCGGCUGCUGGACGACUCCGAGAUCUCCUGCCAUAUCCAGAAGGAGACCAAAGGUCAGUUUCUCAUAGACCAUAUCUGCAACUAUUACAGCUUACUGGAAAAAGACUAUUUUGGCAUUCGAUAUGUCGACCCUGAGAAACAGCGGCACUGGCUUGAGCCCAACAAGUCUAUCUCCAAGCAAAUGAAAUCUCAUCCACCAUAUACCAUGUGCUUUAGAGUGAAAUUCUACCCACAUGAACCCUUGAAGAUUAAAGAAGAGCUCACCAGAUAUCUUUUGUAUCUACAAAUAAAAAGGGACAUUUUCCAUGGUCGUUUGCUGUGCUCUUUUUCUGAUGCUGCCUACCUGGGUGCCUGUAUUGUCCAAGCUGAGCUCGGUGAUUAUGAUCCUGAUGAACACCCAGACAAUUACAUUAGCGACUUCAAGAUUUUUCCCAAACAAUCACAGAAGCUGGAAAAGAAAAUUGCUGAAAUACAUCAAAAUGAAUUCAGUGGACAGAGCCCAGCUGUUGCUGAAUUUAAUUUACUACUGAAAGCACAUUCUUUGGAAACCUAUGGUGUUGAUCCCCAUCCUUGCAAGGAUUCUACUGGGACCACUACUUUUUUAGGAUUCACAGCAACGGGCUUUGUAGUUUUCCAGGGAAAUAAAAGAAUUCAUUUGUUAAAAUGGGCUGAUGUCUGUAAAUUAAAAUUUGAAGGGAAGACAUUUUAUGUGCUUGGAGCUCAGAGAGAGAAAAAGGCUAUGUUGUCAUUUCAUACCUCUACACCAGCAGCCUGCAAGCAUCUUUGGAAGUGUGGGGUGGAGAACCAGGCUUUUUAUAAGUAUGCAAAAUCAAGUCAGAUCAAGACGGUGUCCAGCAGCAAAAUAUUUUUUAAAGGCAGUAGAUUUCGAUAUAGUGGAAAGGUUGCCAAAGAGGUUGUUGAAGCGAGUUCUAAAAUCCAGAGAGAGCCUCCUGAAGUGCACAGAACCAGCAUUCCUCAGAGUCGUAGCUCUCAUUCCUUGAAUAAACAACUCAUAAUCAAUAUGGAACCACUACAGCCCCUCCUUCCUUCUCCAAGUGAGGAAGAAGAGGUUUCUUUAGAUGAAGGUAUCCAGCUGCCUAAGGAAGAUGAAAUCUCCAUACCUGUGAUAUCUAAUUCCCCUGCUAAGGAUGCUGGGGAGAGUGUAGAUCUCACCAAUGAAGAGGAAGAGAAGAUCAAAGAGGAACCUUUAACCAUCUCAGAACUGGUGUACAACCCAAGUGCCAGCUUGCUGCCCACCCCAGUUGAUGAUGAUGAGAUUGACAUGCUCUUUGACACCCCAUCAAGAGCAGAGAAUGACAGAGAAGAUACAGAUUCAUUUGAGGAACUGGAAGCGGAUGAAAAUGCAUUUUUGGUUGCUGAGGAAGAGGAGCUGAAAGAAGCCCGUAGAGCGCUUAGGUGCAGUUAUGACUUUGUAAUGGGCAACAUGCAGGUAAAUGCCUUUGUGAAGAGUUUCUCCAGGCUUCUUUUUGUAGGCCUUGGACUGUUGUUGUUUGUGUUUCCACUCCUCCUUGUCCUCUUGGAGUCGGACCUUGAUAUCUCCUUUCUUCAUGAAAUCCGUCAGACGCCAGAGUUUCAGCAAUUUCACAUUGAAUAUUACUGUCCUCUUAGGCAGUGGGUGGCUUGCAAAAUAAACUUCAUUUGUGACAUGCUGGGAAACUCUUAAAUGUUAAAGAAAUACGAUACAACUAAGGGCUAUAUUCAAAAUUUCAGUUAGCACUAGCUUCUCAUAAUGCCCAUGGGGCCAUCAGCAGGUAGCUAUCUUCAUUUUCAAUCCAUUACAGACUGUUCAAGAUCUAACAUUUGCUUUUCAUAAACAGUUGCUUUAGUUAUAGGCUUAUCUGGUGGCCUUUAAAUAACCAAAAAGAGGUCUUAUUUUUAUUUCAGUGUUGACUUCCUGAUCAUCUGUUGUAUCAGACAAGACUGGAUAGUACUAGGGUUCAUUAUUUGUAACAUUACAAGCCAUGACAUUCUGAAUCUCAAUGAUAGUAGAGCCAAGAAGGAAAUGUUUUUGAAUAUACUCCUUAGUGGUAUAACAGUCUUUUCUAACCAAUGCCUAUACAAGCAAUGUUUAUGCUGGGUUUUUGUUUCUUGAUUUGUUUUUUGUUUUUUAUAUUUUUAUGUGUUUAAAAUAUUUUGGUAAAUUUUUAGCAAAAGAUGACUUCUGAAGUUGUUUAAGUGUACAGAUUGGUAAAAUUAAUGCACAAGGGCAUGUAGGGGAUUUUUUAAUGUUUUACCAAUGGUUUGUUUUUAAAAUAUUUUGGAUGGACAAUGAGUUUUAUAACUCUAUAAAAGAUGGCCUACAGUUUGUAGAACAUACAGAAAGUUUAUUCAAGUGCGGGGGGGACUCGUGAGGGGAGAUGAAAUGACACAGAAUCCUCAAGUAAGUUUUUAAUGGCACAGUUCUAAAGCUAAAGGUGGUGAAUAUCAUUGAGAAAAUGAUAAUCCACCUUCAUCUGUGUCCUGUCAUCUUACACUUCAAUCAGUGGUAAGUUUUUACAAGACAGUGCAAGUAAGUUUUG